AUGUGGACACCACGGCACGCAAUUGCGUUGCUGGUUGUUCUUACGUACGCCUACUCAAAUAUUCUGCCACCUGGAACAACAUUUACACAAUCAUUAAAGGAUAUAUUCAGGUUUCCAGAUAACAAAAAUGAGCAUGAUAUUGAAGACACAAUGUGCUCCGAAACACCUCCAAAAAGUCGAAUACCUUCUCGAGAAGAAUUACUGGAAAUGAUUCGAGAAUCAGAAAAGGAAGAUCAUAAAUAUAGUGAACAUGCCAGGAGAAAGCGUCAAACAUCUCGAAUAACCUAUCAAGAAUAUUUGGAUAAUCUUGGAAAGGCAGAUUAUGAUGUGAGGAUAGAAGAGGGUUGGCUCGAAAUAUUGUAUCCGUUCGGAACUUGGGCAAUGGAUAAACAAUUGAUGGGACAAGCAGGAAGAGAAACACAGACUAAUUUGGGUUUUGAUUGUCCUUUUUUUGGUUUCCGAUUCAAUUAUACAAUGGUUUAUCCGAUGGGAAUGAUUUCAUUCGGAUUGCCACCGUUUUCAGCUCCUCCAUGGACAUUCCCGAACCCAUCGUGGCCGAAACAGAGAGAUCACUCUUUCAUUGCCCCAUUCUAUGCGGAUUCAAUGUUCCAAUGGAUCGGAAACACGAAAAUCAGUAACGUAUUCUUCCGAAGUGUCCAUCGACCACGACUCGACGACGAUGAAAUUUACGAAAGGAACAGUCAACUCAAUUAUGGAGCACCGAACUAUGCGCAGGCGGGAGCUCAAUCGGCAGCCAAUCAACAGUUCUCGAAUCCAAGUCUCUAUUCUCAAAAUUUGAAUCCGUACUCCCAGAACCAGCAGUACAAUACACAAUUAUUACAACAGCAACAGCAGAUUUAUGGAAAGAGAAAGAAGAGACAGAUGCCUGGAAGAGUGUCUCAACCUGGAAUGGUUGUUGAUCCUUUGCUUCUAGAUAAUAUCACAAGACAUAUUCAGGAUGGGUACACUGGAGCAAAUGGGUUCCGAGCGGAGCAUGCUUUCAUUGCAACUUGGUACAGAAUGGCACAUGGAGGUGCUGCGCGGGCACUGGACGUAUCGCAGUUUGAACACGUCAAAGAUUGGCAAAACACAUUCCAAUUAGUUAUAGCCUCAGAUGAAAUAAGAACUUUUGCUAUAUUCAACUACGCUCGAUUGAAUUGGACAUCUUCGAAUGAAGCUGGUGGUCUCGAUGGUUUUGGAGGAAAGCAAGCUGCUAUGGCUGGGUUUAACGGAGGAAACGGAACAGGAUGGUAUGGAUUACCGUAUAGUGGAGAAGGAAGGUUGUGGAAACUUGGAUAUUUCUCGAAUGUUUUGACACCAGGAAGAUGGAUACAUAGAAUUGAUGAACUGAUUAUACCGGCUGGAUGUACAAAUGCAUCGAAUGGUGCAAUGUAUACAGCUCCCCCUUGGGGUCCAAUGCAUGGCGGAAUGGCUAUUAAUGUGUCAGGACCUUGUUUACGACCAGCAGACGUCGUAAAGGUGAAUUUUGAAAACUGGCAAACAACUUGUGUCCGUUUGAAUCGAGUUCGUGCUCGUUGCAUAAUGCCAAUGUUUCAUAAAAUUGGAAUUGUUCCUAUCAGAAUGAGUCGUGACGGAGGACAAUCUUUCCCAUUUUUCGGAAGAUUUUAUGUUGUGAAUCCAGAAAGAGCGCCUGCUUAUGUUACACUUAAAGACUCGGUGGAUAAUAAAACGAAUCGAUGGUACGAACCAUAUGCACAAGAACUGGCGAUGAGUUGGCAAGCGAUGAAUUUGACAUGGAAUAGUGGAGCACGAGUUGAUAUCAGUCUGUUCGGUUAUUGGGAAGACGCAGAUAGGUCACAUUUCGAACGACUUGAUUAUUUGGCAAGAGGAGUUUCAAAUACUGGAACAUAUUCAUUCCGGCCUCAGCAGUUAACUAAGCAAUAUUUGCUUAGAGAUGCAUGGCAGAAGUUUCAUUUCGGAUUCGUUCAAGUGGCAUUGGCAGACACUGAAGACGGUGUAAUGUGGAGUAAGCCAACUCCUUUCCCGUGGUAUCAUUUGCCUGACUGGCAGCGUUAUUACGGUCAAAACUGGCCAAUUGAUAUGUGUGUCGAGUGGUUUGAAUACGAUGGAAAACGAAAUAAUUUUCAAAUUGAUCUGACUACUGACUAUCCUUGUCCAUGCAAAUUAUCACAAGCUAUGCUGGAUUUGGGUCGAUUCAUGCCCUUCUUGGAUUGCGAUAAAGAUGGAGACACUUCAUGCCCAUUCAACAAAGGAGCUCAACAUUGUAUUCAAUCCGUCCAACCGACGUUCAGUGGUUCAUCACAACAAUGUUGUUAUGAUUAUGAAGGAUAUUUAAUGUUUACUGAUGACUGGGAGCCAGAUGGUGACUACACAACAUUCUUCCAACCGGGAACACCUGCUAGAGCUCAUAGAUAUGGUGCUGCUCCGUACAGACUUCCUCCCUUUAUUCCAACUCUUUCUAACUAUCAAUUGGAUUUGCUCCCGUAUAGAACUUGUUGCAAAUAUGCCGAUCACUGUGAAUUCUAUUAUUGGCGUCGAAUGACCAACGGAUGUCAAGAUUACAAAGCCCCAGCUGCCGGUUAUAUGUAUGGAGAACCACAUGUGAUCACUUAUGAUGGAAUCAGAUACACCAUGCCUGGAAAAGGUUAUUAUGUUCUCACAAUGUCUGAUUCUCCAUAUCACAAGUUGAUGGUUCAAGUGAGAUUGGAGCAACCGGAUGACACACUUUGGCACGCUCAUGUGAAUGCAACGGUAAUCACUGCAGUCGCUGUUCAAGAGAAUGAUAGUUCAAUUGUACAAGUUUAUGCAAGAAAACCAAUGAGGAGAUGGAGAUAUCGAACUGAUGUUUAUGUUGAUGGCUCUAGACGAUUCUUUGAUAAACCACAUUGGAAACACCAGCAAUUCAAACAUCUUGACAUCAGAAACCCUCUUCAAAAUAUGAACCAGUCUGAAAUCGUGAUCAUGUUGAAAUCUGGAGUAGGAGUUCGAAUUUUCGAAGGAUUCGGAAUGUUAGAUGUGAUGGUUACUCUCCCUCCUAGUUACAAUACCACGUGUCGACAAGGAGAAACUAUGUCUUCUGCGUUGAAUGCUCCGACUGGUCAGAGGCGAUGUUAUACAACGUUAGGCUUAUUAGGAGUGUAUAAUAAUGAUCCGACGGAUGAUUUAACAACUCCGACCGGUACAGUGACAAGGGUACAGAAUCCGACGACGACGUCCUCCACUACACAGAUGAUAUAUGAGCAGUUCGCGUCUACUUGGAAAAUUGACGGAACUAAUGAAAAACUUGGUAAUUUACUAUUCCAAGACAAGUAUAAACCCAUCUACAAUCCACUUCUUUUUGCUGAAUCUGACUAUCGUCCCGUCUAUUGGCCACAAACCAUUGAUAUGAAUGCAUCUCGAGUGUUCACAAUGGAAGAAGUUGUCAGUACAUGUCAGAAUAAUCCAGAGUGUGAAUAUGAUUAUAUAAUGACUGGAAAGAAAGAAAUUGGAUUGACAACUCUCAGGAGACAAAAACAAUUUAUGGCACUACAAAAGACUGGGAGCAAGCAAUUAAUAUCUUGCGGUCCACUCCUGAAAAAAGAAGGAGUUAUUAAAACUCCUCCAGCUGCAAACUAUCUGGAUGGGGACAAAGUAGUUUUCUCUUGUAAACCAAAGUAUUACAUUCACGGUGACAUUGAAAGAGUGUGUAGAAAUGGAACAUGGUCUCCUGGAUGGUGGGCGUGGUGUCGAGACAGAAAUCUGGAAUAUGCUCUGAAAUGGAUGACAGCACUAUUGUCCAUUUUUGGAAUCAGUUUGAUCUUUGUUAUAUUCUUCUGUAUUUUGUGGAAUAUUCGAAAAAAGAAACAAGCGGCUCAUGCGGAGAGACUGCAGCUAAAGGAAGAAGAGGAGAAUUUAAGGAAAUUGGAAACUGAGAGAAUGUUUGCUGCUCCACCUGAAAAGACACCGCUAAUUGAAAAUGACUUUCGUUCUAAUUACAAUAUGAGCCAAUCAUCUCGCCAAUUAUCUCAACCACCUAGUUCGCAAUAUAAUAAUGCACCAUCCUUCGUUGCUCCGCCUGCACCAACGUACGCAGCAGCAACUUCUUCCCAAAAUCAGUACGAACCAACUCGGAGACAGAUGUUCGAAACAUCAGCAUUUUAA